UGUGGGACUUAUUUACACUCUGGAUGGAAACAUGUCCGGGGACCAGAUCACCUUCACACCGACCCACUGCUCUCCGCCCCGGGAUCCCGGAGCCGCGGGGCUGUCGGAGAUGGAGACUCUGCGGAUGUUCGUGAACCAGCGGCUCACGGCGGCGGUGGAAGACAUCCUGGCGGUGUUCGGUAGAACCGUUUCCCGCUACCGGGAGCAGCUCGACCGCCAGUAGCAGCAGCUGGACGGACUGAAGUCCGAAGAGGGCGCAUGGAUCCGGGCAGCAGACCCUCAGUGCGCCCCCUCCUGGAUCAAAGUGUGUCCUGAGCUGGAACAGAUGGUUCAGGCUGACAGUGCUGAGGUUCUGGGUCCCGGGACUUCAGCCCCCAGGACCUCUGGCCCUCUCAUUAAAUGUGAAGCUGAUGACGGAGGAAGUGGUGACGGAGCCGCGGCCUCAGACUCUGACACAGAUGACAGCGGAGACCACUCGAGACCAGAGGACACAACAGGUCAAAGGUCACCACAGCAGCAGGACGAAGCUUCACUCCCACCGCUGUUCAGCUGUAAAGUUUGCGGGGAGGCGUUCGAGAGGAGGGGUUACGUGGACACGCACACUGUGGCCCACCCUAGAGAUUGCGGCUUGUGUGGGAAACAUCUGGAGCGCCCAGAGAACCUGAAGCCCCACCUGCGGGCCCACAGAGACACAUCAUUUCGCUGCAAUGUCUGCAGACAAACCUUCACGCAGCGUGGGAACCUCAGGACGCACAUGAGGAUCCACUCUGGCGAGAGGCCGUUCGGUUGCACUGUCUGCGGGAAUAGCUUUGGUAGGAGGACGGCGCUAGUGCGCCACAUCCGCAGCCACACAGGCGAGAAGCCAUUCAGCUGCUCGUACUGCGACCGCAGCUUUGUGGAGAAGGGAAACCUGACAGUACACCUGCGGACGCACAUCGGGGAGCGGCCGCACUGGUGCUCUGUCUGCGGCCGACGCUUCAGUCAGCUAUCCUGCUUCCAGAAACACCCGUGUCAGAGGAGAGGCCUCAGCCCUACAUAAACCGUGAUAUGUGACAGGUGUCCUAACUCUGAACAUGGAGGAGCUGACCAAAGCAAACAUGGAGAAAAGGAUUGAAGACUUACAAUGCACAAAAAUAAUGUUAGAAAUUUAAUUUGAAGAGUCAACAUUGUGUCUAUUUAAAGGUACAGUGUGUAGAAUUUAGUCAUAUCUAGUGUUGAAAUUGCAUGUUGCAGCUGAACACCCCUCACCUCACCCUCUCCUU